AUGUACUGCCGACCCGUUCUCCCACGUCCACCCUCCCCAGCCCCCUCCUUCGAGCCGCGGCAGCGGAUUCUGAGCGGCCACCCCGCCGACCCCUGUGAAGGACCCAGCGUUACCGGCCUCGCUCCCCGCCGCCGGGACCCUCGGGCGCCCACCCCCGCGCUCGCCCCGCUCGGGUCAGGCUUCCACUCAGCCCGAGAGCCCGCGGUGCCGCCUUUCCGCCAGCUGUGCCGGCUUUCUGGGUGCCCUCUCCACGCCAGCUCCCCGACCCUCUCCUACUUCGCACGGCCACCUUCAGACGGCUGCUUGGAAAUGUCUCUUCCUCAGAAAAGCAUCCCGUGCCGCCUGAGUUGGCCACACACAAGGACAGGGACCCAGUCCGACUCGCUCCCCACGGCGGCCCAGCCAGCACGGCAGUACGCGCAUCAGGCGCUGCGUGAACAGCUCGUCCGAAAUAAUACAACGGGAGUUCGGGGUGGUAAGGCAACCGCACCCCCCAAGGAAAGACCGCCCGCUGGCAGCCGGCGAGGAGCGCUCCCGGGACGCCUCCCUACGCGCCGGCUCCCGCACGGCUUUCCGGCUCAGCACAAACCCCAGUCGACCAGGGUCAGGCUUACUCACCACCACCAGGGGACUGACACCCUCCCGCCCAGUGAUCCCAGCACGGAGAGCGUCUGCAAGGGAGGCCUUCAGCAGACGGGGCAAACAGGUCGUUUUCUAAAGAACGAGGAGAAAACCCUGCCAACCAGCGCCUGUGAAACCAUCCACUGUGUCAGUAGGACAGCAACGGAGCGACGGGAAGCCUUCCCCCAAUUCUGGAAAAAACACAGAAUUCAGGUCAGUGCCCGUGAUGGGCCAGGGUGUGUUCUGGGCAGCGGAGAUACGACGGAUAAACAGGACACACGAAGAGACCUCAUGCGCCUUCCGAGCUGGCAGGAGAGACAGAAAAUUGCUCACUCUGGGGGACAGCAGCCACCAUGUCACGAAGACACUCGAGGAGCCCUGCGUAGCCACCUGGAUGGAGAGGACCCGAGGCCUCCCACCAACAGCCAGCACCCACUUGCCAGUUGUGUAGUGAAACCACGAGGGACUGAGAGACUUAAGGGAAAAAGAGGGGAGGAGCCACGGCUCGGCGCCCAGACGUUAAGUGCACGACCCACCAAGCUAUCAGGAGACCACACAGUAGAAAGACCAGUGGUGACUACCUGCCAUGAAUUCACUUGACAAGCAUCCAUCUUUCCUGGCAUUAGUUUUCUCGUCUAUAAAAUGAGCAGCCUGAAUCACAUCUAUCUGCUGGCAACGAGCGGAAUGUUCAAGAAAGACUGUACGGAGUUAUUUACUAUCUUACACUGUCUUGACUGUGAAAUUCAGAAAUAGAUACAAGAAUUUCUCUUUGACAUAAAGGUCAUGCUUACUUUUCUCUUUAAAAAAAAGGUAAAAUAUUUUAAUACAAUAAUGUAUUUGGUAUCUUGGCUAUUAAUGUUUAGGACUUAACUUCCUAAAAUUUACUAUUAUGGAUUUUGAAUAUUUGAAAUAACAUCAUUUAGAUUAUACUGAAGAUUUUAAAAUGUACAUUCUCCCGCUCAUACUAAAUGACAUUCCAAAAUAUCUACCAUUCAACUGUAAAUUUUAUCAAGACUAUACACAAAUAUUCAGAAACCACUAGAGUAAGUGAAUCUAUUUUAACCAUAAUCCAUAGAAAGUAAUUGUGUAAUAUAACAUUUCAAUAGCUGAGAAAAUUUCCACUUAUAUUAAAAUUGGGCAAUUUCAAAGUUCUAUCUCUCUGAGGACUUAAAAAUUAAAAAACCUGAAGAGGAGAAUAUACACAUCCUUAAAGGGAAGCAGGUCCUUCAUCAGGCUGGACAAUCAAAACUCUCCAUAUUAACAUGCUUAUAACUUAAUAAGUAUAUAUAAACUGGAGCAAUUUAAUUGUACACAAAAAUGACAAGAAAGCCCUCCUUUCAGCUAUUGAGGGAUUACAAUUAGAAACACUCAAUGACGUUUCAUCCCUUGUUUGUGGUCUCCCAACCAACAGACCAGUGUGAACAAAGCUUGGUAAGAACUGAAAUGAAUGCUGAUCAUUUACUUAGUGAUAGAAACAAGUCACAAUUAGCUGCUCUAACUUUAGUUUAGAGUAUCCAUAUGUUUAACUUUAAUGUGUAUAGUAGAUGCUAUUUCUAAAGUUAGGGAUAAAAUAAAUAAGAAAUUUGAAGAAUAAAGCAUCUUUUAACUUCAGCUGCUGAACUGUAACCCCUGUCCCUCAGGAAAGGAAUGUGCAGGUUUUGAAUAAUUCCAUAGCAGCAGAGCGUUCACUCAGUAGAACACAAAUUAUCUUGGCUUCUUGUGGCAAAAUACAGGAAUUGAGUAAGAAAUAGAAUUUCAUUACUCUUCUUUGACUGCAUAACUCUCAAUACGAGAAGCUAUUUUAAAAAAUGUGAACUGAUUCAAAAUGCAUAAAACUGUAAAUGUACAAUAUACAUACAUACCUCCUAGUGGGGUCAAAGGAGUGCCUUUUCAUUAGACGUACAAAGACGUCUCAAGGCACUUAAGGGGUUAAGACACAAUGCAUGCAUUCCUUUACAUCAAGUAUGUGAAAUCACAUGAUUUGGAAUAAGCCAACCUUAUGAUAAAUAUAAGUUACAUUACUAAAUUCAAGAAAAUUUGUAGAUCCUUAUUUAUACUUUCUAUAAGAUGCUGGUAAGUGGACAAUGUGCAGCAUUUCCUGGGAGAAGCAAAGUCCACCUUUCUUCUUCCAAACAGCAGGUCUCUAUGGGGGGGAGUGUAGGGAGAGAUGUGCUGCAUCCACAGGCAGUGUACUGGCUAAUACUGAGAAUGAUAUUGCUAACAUUUAAAAAGUAACAUCUGGUAACCAGUAUAGUAAGAACAUGAAUCGCUGGGAAACACCAGAGCUGACUCCUGAUGGUGACUUCUUUUUGCUCUCAAGAUACAGGUGUACAACAGAGACGAUGAGAAUUCUGAGCCUUGUUUGUGGCAAUUCUACCAGAAGGGGACUGCAUGGCACCACCACAAGAUUCCGUAAAUUACCCUGAACAUACUCAGUUAUUCGCUAUUUGUUCGGAGCAAAG